CGGGUGGCACUGGCUUCAGUGGUGGCAGUGGCCAGGGGCGUUACUGCCCUGGCUGUCGUGCUGGCCGAGGAAGGAUCGGGACGUUGCUGUCCCUAAAUCAGAGUUUGGUGAAUGGGACCGGGCUCAGGCAUCCCGUCGGCGACGGGGGGAGUGGAGACUGCCGGAGGCGAGCCAGGAAAAUGAGGUCGUCUGGAGUCCUACUCUUCCCUGGACAGCUCUGGCCGGGCUUAUUGAUUCUUCAGAACAAAUCUAUCAUACCCAUCAUGUGAAGACUGUUAUUAGUCUCAUUUUACAAACAAGAAAUAUUAAGGCAAAUAAUCUGGAUAACCUUUAAAUGGAACAUAGUUAAAAUCUUACUCACUGAAAAGAGAUUCCAGUCAACAAAAGCUACACUAAAUUGGAAAAGAAUUAUGUUAUCCUUAAACAACCUUCAAAAUGUCAUCCAUAACCCGACCAUCCCCUAUGUUGGCACCAUUUCUGAGCAGUUGGAGCCUGGAUCCUUGAUUGUCAUCCGUGGCCGUGUUCCUAGUCAUGCUGAGCGAUUCCAGGUGGACCUGCAGUGUGGCAGCAGCACGAAGCCCCGGGCCGAUGUGGCCUUUCACUUCAACCCCCGCUUCAAGCGGGCCAACUACAUUGUCUGCAACACUCUGACAAAUGAAAGGUGGGGAUGGGAAGAGAUCACCUAUGACAUGCCCUUCCAAAAAGAAAAAUCUUUUGAAAUCGCGAUCAUGGUGCUGAAGGACAAAUUCCAGGUGGCUGUGAAUGGAAAACAUACUCUGCUCUAUGCCCACAGGAUUAAGCUAGAGAAAAUAGACACACUGGGCAUUUAUGACCACGUGAAUGUUCACUCAGUUGGCUUUAGAUUCAGCUCGGAUUUACAAAGUACCCAAGCAUCUACUCUAGGACUGACAAACAUAAAUAGAGAAAAUGUACAAAAGUCUGGCAUUUCACAGUUUACCCUGCCCUUCGAAGCAAGGUUGAAUUCCCCCAUGGGCCCUGGACGAACUGUUGUCAUUAAAGGAGAAGUGAAUACGAAGGCCAAAAGCUUUAAUGUUGAUCUAAUAGCAGGAAAAUCAAAGGAUAUUGCUCUACACUUGAACCCACGCCUGAAUAUUAAAGCAUUUGUAAGAAAUUCUUUUCUUAAUGAUGCCUGGGGAGAAGAAGAGAGAAAUAAUGAUAAUUUAUUGUGAUGCUAGAGAUUUCAAGGUUGCAAUCAAUGGAGCACACAGCCUGGAGUACAAGCACAGAUUUCUGGACCUGGGCAGCAUUGACACAGUGGCCAUCAAUGGCGAUAUCCACUUACUGGAAGUAAGGAGCUGGUAACCACCAGGAGUGCCACAAACCCAAAUACAGAACAGCUGUGUGAUCUUGGCUGUGUCAAAGCACACCUCACUGUUCCCGCCUUGUUUAAAUUGCACUUCAGUAGCAUUAAGUCCCACUGUUGUCCCACUGCCCUGAGGGGGGAAUCUGAGGCAACAGCUUUCACCCUACAUGGCCUCUUUCAGAACCACACUCAAGAAGUAUUUAUUAAGUGCCUACUGUAACACAGCCACUAACUGGCAUUGAGCACAUUUUCCAUCAGCAGUGAUAGUAGAUGCACACACAUGGUGGUGUGGAGCCAGUGUCCCCUCUUCUCUGGGGCUUGGACUUUGGUGUUCUGCCCGUGUACACUGCCUGCCUUGUUGGGUCCAUUGGGUUAAGGGUCAUGCAGUUAUUCAGUCACAUAAAAUACUAAUUUCCAGAAGACACUACUCCUUCCCCAGAGACUCCUUUCACAAUGAGCAUCUACGGUGUCGAAGUCAAGAGGACUGAUGGCAACUUUCAUCUGCCAGUGAAUCUGUAGCACAAUAAACAAACCGCUCUCCUUGCUAUUAGCUUUACCAAAGAAUUAUGAGUAUGACAUCUGAGCUCAGCAGAAAAGUUAAGGCCAAAGAAAAAAAAAAAAAGUUAAAGCCAAAAGCAAACACCCCCAUCUCCAAAACAAACCAACCAACCAAAAAACAACCCCAAAGCAAACAAUAAACCCAUCAUGUUGACUCAA